UACCACUACCACACGCACCGCGGUCUCUGCUUUCCUCCCUCCCUGGUCCGUAACGCACAGGAGGCCAGGACGCGCGCCAUCAUAUCAGGCCCCGCCGGCUGAAGUUCCAUGAGGAGACAGUCUUUGCCGUUCUCCUCUACGACCUCAAGCGGCCUUCCACGUGGGGUCAGGUCCGUUGUAACAUCUCGUGUCGGAUCCAAAGCUUGUGCGCGUAGCCAUCUACGCCUGCUUCUGAAGAGGCUUUGGAUGAAGGGCUAGUGGCGGGGGGUCUGUGUGAAGCCGGCAUCGAACCAAUGUGAGAGGUAUGAUGUAUUUCGUCUUGUUUUCUUGGCCUGCGAAGUGCCGGACAGUUCCUCCACCUCUACAUACGCUUUCGCGCAUCGUGCAUAUGCAACGACGCCCCAUGGGUCAGUCUGGGACGCCAAUGGACCGACAGACCCGUCCAGAUCUGCAGCAAGCCAAAAGUUCGCAAGAGGAGUCGAGCACAGAAAGGCUGAGAGGAGGGGCAAGAUCUAGAGCGGCAAGUUCCCACCGUCACCCGGGGAUCCGAUUCGCAGCCCCGUCAAGCCGUCGUUUUUGUCAACGGUCUCCAGCUCGACGGCGGCUCAGUCGCCCCCGAGAGUCCCGUUCGCCCAUCUCCCUCCUGGUUCAGAUGCUCACCCCAGACCGUGUCUUUCCCCAGGACACGGCUUUCGUACAUUGUCCGAGUUCGGUCUGCGACGGGGUCGAAGAGAAGCUGACAGGGCGGGGGACUGGCGAUGGCACAACCCAAGUUCUCCUGGCACAGACGUCAACUCAAGCCCCAUUCAAGGGAAGAAUCUCCAUCAAGACGACCAUGGCAUCGGGAAGGGGGGGGAGGGGUUCUCUUCAGCUGGGGAUCGUCCAUAACAAAGGGUGCUGAACACUAGAGGGGGUGUUGUACACUUAUGCCGCUCAAUCCUCGGCGAACUCGUCGUGUAAGUUGACGCGGAUGGACAUCCCUCGUGUGAAUCUCCCCGAGUCUCGGAAGCAUUCGUUGACCCGCACCCCAUC